AUGGGCCAGGUUAAAAUUGACAACAGACAGAGAGACAAACAGCCAGACAGACAGGACAGGACUAAUAUACCCGCCCUCUGCGCAAGUUUGCAAGUUGCAAAUUAUUUCCUUGGUUACUGCGAUUCUGGAGGAUACCAUGGCUGCAUUUUCAGAGGUUUCUCCCAGACAGUCUUCAUGAUGGCUUCCCGUCUUAUGGUGGUGCUAAUGUCUGUUGAGCGCUUUAUUGCACUGAGAUAUCCGUUCAAGUACAGUAGUUUGAUGUCGAAAGAAAGAGUCAUAGGUGCCGUUGUUGGAUUAGGAAUUUACGCAAUAUUCGUAUCAUGCUUGCCUAUAAUGGGAGUCAACAGCUAUGGCUAUCAAUCUUGGUGUGAUUUUCACUGGAACGACAGAUCUCUUGGGGGAAGAUUUUUCGUCCUUUAUUUUGUUUUUGAAGGAUUUACUUGCAUGGCAAUCAUCGUUUUCUGCAACAUCUCCGCCAUAUAUGAGCUUCUCCGCAUGAACAAAGUACGACCACUCGACACGGGAUCAAAAAUGGACAAAGAUCAAACAAAAUUUAUAGUGAUGAUGGUGGCAAUCUCUGUCGUUUACAUAGUCUUCUCAUCACCCCUUUUAGUACGUCUUUUCUGUAACCAACUUGAAAUCAAUCUUUCGAAACAAAAAGACUUUGUUGGAAUCCGUCUGAAUAUUGUCAACAACAUGAUGAAUGCCCACCUGUUUCUUUUCAUCCAAUUUCUCUUUCAUCCGAAGGUACUUGAAAAGUGGAGGAGAUGUUUCGGCCGAGGUAGAAAUGAGGAUCCGAGUUCCACGAUUCCAACAACCACCACUUCAUAAUAUAAAUUAAAACAAAAGACGAUUGUAGCUGUUUUUUCUUCUUCUUCAAAUUUUGACUUCAAAAUAUGAAGUACCUAUAGAACAAUUUUGUGGGCAUUCUCUAUCAUAUCACUCUCAAGUUUGUUUCUGAAUAAAGCUUUGUGAAUCCUUUCUUAA